GCAAAGUGAUACAGAAGUUGCAAAUGCGUUCAACCAUCUGGAUAUGGUAUAUCCUUCUUCUCGGGAGCGCUGUAGCAGAGCUCCAGUGUGAAUGGGAGUACAAAGACAAAGCCUACUUGGGUGGCUGGGCUAUCGGGAUUACUCGAGCCCAGAAGUACCCUACUCUGGAGGAAGCUCAGAAAGUUUGUAAGACUCUUGGAGAUAACUGUGGUGGGGUCACUUUCUGGGGCGGCGGCUACACGUGCAGAUCGAAUAAAGUGUUUACAGCUCACGGCUCUGAGCAGAGUUGGCGUAAAACAUGCAUGGGAGUGCCUCUGUUCAGAGUGGGCAGUAUAACACCAACCAAAGGUAGCAGAGUUGGAGGCAGUCGCGUCACCAUCAGCGGACAAGGGUUCAGUACGAACCAGUUCGGGUAUGAUGACCCCUCCCUGGGGAACAAGGUAACAUUCUACCACAAAGACGAGACCUACCCGGCCGUCCAGUGUCAUGUCCAGACUUACUACACUUCCUCUACCAGAAUCGUCUGUGAUUUAGCGAAGCCAGACGUGUACUGGAAAGACUAUCUUGAGUACCGUAUGAGGAUCUCAGUGGACGGUACCUGGAUGGAUAGCACUGGUACUAACAUCUACUGUGGAGGAGCCUGUACAUACUACUUCCACAAAGACAACUCCCCCUACAUAUCCUCCAUCACUACAAGACACGUGGCAGCCGGCUCCGUCCUGACCAUGACCGGCAGAAUGUGGACUGAUAACUUCGAGCCGAGUAACGAGGUGUCGAGUGGUAGUGACUACAUUAAGAGGGUGUACCUGAACGCGUUUACUUGCGAUACUAGUGACGACAGUGGCAACUCGUACGGAACAGAUCUUGUUAAGGAUGGUAACGGUGAUGACACCAGUACAGGUAGUCUCAUGUGCAAAUCAGAGAGUCCAGGUGCCACCAGCUACCGGCCCUCCUUCCUCCACUCUAAAUGGGGCAGAUCCGAAGUACGAAAUAAUGUGAACAGAGUUGAUGCUUACAUGCAGAAAUAUGCUUUUCAGACUUACAACGUGUUGAAGAGUGUGAGCCCAAGUGAGGGCAGUACUAGCGGAGGAACGAAAAUAACAAUCACCAGUGAACACGUGGUCGGACCUGUCUCUAACAUUGCUGCGGAAGUCGGAGGUGAUGACUGUAAGGUUGAGUCCUUCACAUCAGACCAGAUAGUGUGCUCCACACCUGCAAAACAGGACAAAACCGUCUACCCUGGAAACAGGGGCGUGACUGUGGAGUACUGGGCAAAGGAGAGCAACAAAUCAACAAGUGAUGCGCGGGGGCUCGACGUAGAUCUGAUCAGAGAGUUCAAACAGGACGCUGAUAACUUCCUGUUUGAGAAAUUACACAUGGAUUCCAGACCAGAUUCCUUGAAAACUAUAACCGGUGAUAACACGGAUGAGCCGUACUACGUCCGAGCCAAGUUCUUCCUCAACAUCCAAGAAACAGAUAUGUACGGCUUCCACAUGAUCUCUGAUCACAGUGGUAAACUGUAUGUCAGCACAGAUGAUGACCCUGCUAACGCUGUACUGCUAGCAGAGUGUACAAAUGCACAAAACAACUGGAACACCCGGCAAACAGACGUCAACAUAACCCUGGAAGCUGGUAAAAUUUACUACGUAGAAUUUGUUGGGGUUAUGUGGAACUUUGGUCAGGACUUUGGGGUGGGAAUGACGAAGAAGAACACCCCUUAUCAGACAUAUGAUGUGGAUAUCAGCAAGAAGGAAUACCCGUACUGGUACUGGAAACAGACCUACAGUGAUGAGAUUCAGGUGAUAAACCUGGGAGAGCUAAUCACAAAACCGGAGACUGGAUUCAAGCUGAAGAUAGGGGAGAGAGAAACCUCAGAACUCUACGCCUCCUCUACUGCUGCACAGAUAUCUGCUGCUAUCAUCGAUACUGCGGUAUACAAGUGUCCGACACUAGACUCAGCAGACAGCUGGUACAGCGUUGACUUUGAGAACGGGGAUAUGAGCUACACGGGUGGCUGGGCUCGCAACUACAUUGAGCCUUACUGUGGCCGAUGGGUUGCUGUGAACAGUUGGGCUAUUUUCCAUGUGAAGUACGAGAAGCAGGUCUACGAGUGGGACCUCUCUAAGGGAUACAAACAUCUUUGUUUUGGUCUGAUGACCAAACAGCCGCGUGUUACCCUCUACUAUGAGCUGGACUAUGAGGACAGUAACUUUAACUGGAAGAGACAAGGUUUCUGGAGAGGUAGCAGCCAGGAAGAAACACCUGAACUGCAAGACAAUGAUGGAACAUGGAAAUAUAACUGUAUAGACUUUGAAAAGAGGGUAAAGGAGAUUGAUGCCGAUCUUUGGGAUUCCAGAAUAGGCAAUCGCAAAUGGAAGGUAAGAAGAGUGGAACUAGGCUGGGAACAAGAGAACGGUUUGAAGAGGAACCGGGGAGCAUGUAAGAAGUGGAUGGAGACCAUGCAGGAUGGGGCCUGUAUUUACAUUGAUGCUAUCAGGAUCCUACGGUCUGACGUCACAGGAACCCGCUCUGGCAGAACGAAGCGAUUAGUAAGAGAGGAGAUUGCCCGAGUGAAAGGUUUCGCUCUAGACGGUCAGGGACUGUUGGAAGCAGCUACCGUAAAGGUAACUGAUUACUGUGCUGACGGCGCUGAUUGUACCACUGAGAGGACUGAUGAAGCUACGGAGAGGAAGUGGGAGAUAAAGAUGAAGACUUACGAAUGUGCUUACAACUUUCCGCUAAUAGGGAUAGCUGGCAAAUCAGAGACAGUAGUUAAGAAAGAUACAGAGUCCACGUACACUGUGGGCGGAAAAACAGUUAAUAUUUUGAGAGAAGCAGCCAUUACUCCAGAUUUGCAAGGUACAUUUGACGUUACCAUCGAUGGGACCACCCAUACCAACAUUGAUGUCCAAAUACACCCUCAAGCCUUCCUAGACAUAAUUAAUAGAAAUGGGGACUACUCCCAGGCCCAUAAAUGGGGCUCCUGUUAUGAGAGACACUGGCGGCUGGAGAGGAAGUACUCGGGACAUCACGGCUGGCACAGUGUGGACAGCACCAAUGUGGUGGGGGUUGGCGAGGUUCAAACGUUUGUUAUCUUCAAAGAUAACGAGCGGGGAGGUCUGGUCAUGACUCCGUUAUAUGGGGACUGGCUCAGAACCGCGAACUCUAAACCUCAGGUAUCAGUGAAGGUGAACGGUGUGAGUGCGUUCUGUAACGGAACGUGCGACUACACAACAAGUGACGCUAACACUCCAACAGUCGCGUCCCUCACUCCAACCAGUGGAGCUCGAGGAGCAUCUGUCACAAUAACGGGCACCGGGUUCGGGACCACUAAUAGUGCGGUGACAGUGACACUGGGCGGUGCUGCUCAGACUGUGUCACAGGUGACGGAUACUGCUGUCACUAUCACCCUCACUGAUGGUGUCGCUAAACCUCACCCUGCAGCGGAUAUUGUGGUUAAUGUAGCAGGUAAAGGAAAUGCUAAGGUAGCAGACAGUGUUGCAUUUACUUAUAGUGGCUCAGUGUCUGGAAUCACCCCCGCAUCUGGCGGCAUUGGUGGAGGUACUCUCGUCACGAUAUCCGGUUCUGGAUUUGAUCCUGAGUACGCCGGUGUUACUUUCAGUGGAACUACUGGCAGGCUGGAGAGUGCGACAUAUACUCAAAUAAAAGUAUUUGCUCCUGCCGGAACUGAGGGAGCAGCAACCAUUGCUAUUACUGGUGGGACAGGUUUUGUUGCUCCGGACUCUGCCUCCCUAGCGUACUCCUACACAACUACUAACGUUCCUACUGUUUCCCAGAUCAGUCCUGUUUCCGGAUCUGUUGUUGGGAACACCAAGAUGACCAUCACUGGGACAAACCUUGGUGACAUCAAAGAAGCUAAAAUUGGAGAUGUGGCAUGUGCUAAGGACGCAGAUGAGACUUCUACAGAAACAAAGUACUACUGUAUCGCUGGAGGGAACUCACCAGGGAAACAUCUGGUUUCCUUGGAAACAAAUGCGGGAGAAUUCGCUCAGUCUGUUGUAGAAUUCAACUACAUCCUCAUGAUUCAACACGUGAGCCCUCUACAAGGAUCGGUAAUGGGAGGCACAGAAGUCACCAUAACCGGCAAUGGGUUCGGGACUGACAAGGACAUGUUGAACGUUGAGUUCGGGGAGUUUGAGUGUAAGGUGAAGAGUGUGACCGACACGGAGAUAAUGUGCGACACGGAGCCAGCAAUGAAUGUCGAUCAGCUCUGGAGUGAUUACACUGGAUCCCCCUCAUGUGUGGAAUCCAAACCCACGGGUUACGUGAAAACAGCCCAAGAUGUCCACAACAUGUACCGGAGAAGACACUCGAGCACCCCUGAUAUCUGUUUCUCUGACUCAGUAGCUAAAAGUGCUGCCUCCUGGGCUGACCACCUCGCUCAGAACAACGUCUUCAAGUCUAGUUCUACUAGUAACCGAGAGAACCGAGGAGAGAAUCUGAUGAUAUUCGAACACUGGGACCUGAAGAGUGACGAAGCGUACAUGAGGGAUGCUAUAUCCGCCUGGUACGCCGAGGGCAGCAAUUUCAACCCUGAAGACCCGUCAAAUACAAUGAGAUACGCCCAGAUGUUGUGGAAACUAUCUGAUCAAGUUGGGUGUGCCAUCACUAAAAAGAGAGCAUCGUCCACUGAGAAGUACAAGAUCUACAUAGUCUGCCACUAUGCUCCCGCCGGGAACACUGAGGGGAAGUUUGGUGACUAUGUCAAACAGUUCGACACAGAGCACCACAGAGCAACAUCAGCCCUGUUCUCCGAAAGUGCAGCAGUUAACGUCUACCUCGACUCUCGCAAAGCUACCGUCACCAAAUCUGCACCAUCCUCUGCUCCUGACUGUGCCCCUCUAUCCGGUACUGUAAGCGGGUGUUCUGACUCUAAUCCAGCUGCUGCUCAGGGCGACUUCUCGUUCUCAUAUUACUCCUGUUCUACUCCCAAGAUUACCAAUGUUACAAGACAGGUGUUAUGGGAUGAAACUAUCACUAUUGAUGGAAAAGGAUUCGGGACCUCUACAUGUGCUGUGACAGUGAAACUAGGCUCCGAUCACUCCUGUACUGUCACCUCCGUCAACGACAAAAGGAUAAAGUGUAAAGUGGACCUGGCCACUGAGCCUCCUGUUUACACACUAUUUGAAGCUAAAGUCAACAUCCUCGGUCGAGGAGACGCAGUGUUCUCAGGAGAGAACCACAACCUCUACGCUUACUCCUCCAUACAACCAAAGAUAACAUCCAUUUCUCCCACACAGGGAUCUCUCGAGGGAGGUCUCCCAGUCACCCUGACCGGUGGAGGGUUCAAAUACAACACAGGAGUGAAUCCGAUAUCCGGAUCUGUAACUGAUGGUUCGUCUGAUUUUGAAGUACUAUCGGCCACAUACACCGCUAUAACCGUGAGGAGCAGAACUGGUAUCUCUGAAACUGUGGACACUCCUAAGACUAUAACUUUAACACAAGACAGCGUGGAAGUUGAGUGCAGUGCGUGCACCUUCACCUACAAAUCCAGCAGGACCCCAACAGUUACUAACGUUACCAAGACUGCUAAAGACCCAGGCCCCGGCUACACUGUCACCAUUACUGGCUCCAACCUUUGUCCGAGUGGUACAGGUACCACUAUCUCUAUAGGUAGCAACUCCUGUGUAACCAGCUCAGAGAACUGUCAGAGCAGCAAGGUGGUGUGUGAUGUGGGUGAUCUUCCAGCUGGAACAUAUAAUGUGAUCAUCACCACCACUUACGGGUAUCCUUCUUAUGAUGAGGGCAUGAACAGACUUGUCUUUGUGUAUGCGAUAAAGACAGUGGUGCCCACUUCUGGUAGUGUGUACGGUGGUACCCUCGUUACCAUCACCGGAACUGGACUCCCAGCUUCAGAGAGUCUCACCGUCACCACCAGCAAGUACCACCUGACUGUCAUCUCCAAGACAACCACUGAGAUUAUUGCUAGGACUCCUGAUAGAAAGGUGUCCAGCUCUACAGAGGAGGAUAUCAAACUGUUACUAGUUGACGGCAGUGUUAGCAACACUAAACACAAGUUUAUCUAUACUCCCGCCCGCUCCGUCGUUAUUACAGAUAUCCUGCCUUCCGAGGGAACAUACAACACGGAGAUCACAAUAGCUGGUGAACGUUUCCUCAAUGCUGCUAGCGAUGCUACUAAAACCUCCGUUGUUAUAGAUGGUGAUAAGACCUGCGUCAUAAGCUCAGUUACACUAACUGAGAUAAAAUGUAAACUGCCUCACGCCGUUGCCAAGGAGAUGAAUGUUGUGGUCACUGUGGACCCUUAUGGCAGCUCCAACGUAGACCAGAAGAUUGUGUACACAAUGGUGCUAGGAGCAACCGACCCAGCUAGUCCUACCACUGGUAGUUUGGGUGGUCCUUCCAUUGUACUUCAGGGUUCUGGGUUCCCACACGGAGCUGAGGACACGUCCCUGAACGUGACAGUGUGUGGGGUGGAGACAACAGCUGAACUAGUCAGCAACUCCCAGCUCAACAUCCCUCUACCAGCCUGUCCUGAUGAUGUUUGCUCCACUGCUUCUCAUUCCUGUGAUAUAGUGGUGCAGAGGUACGACACAGUUCUGACGAAAACGGGAGCUGUGACCUACAACAAGGCUGAUACCCCAACUGUUACUAACAUAGACCCCAGCGACGCGGGGACUGGUGGUGGUAAAACUAUCACAAUAACUGGAACUGGGUUCAGUGACGCCACAUCAGAUGUCAGUGUUAAGUUUGAUGGAGUGACCUGUACUCUUCUCUCUACAUCAACCACUCAGAUCACGUGUAAAACAGGAGCCAAGGCAGACAAAGCUAACAAAGACGGAGUAGAAGUGAGAAUUAACAAGUCUCUAGCUCUUAACCCGGGCAAGGAGACUAUGACUUACAUGGAUAAGUGGAGCUCUAAAUUCACGUGGGGUGGCGAUGAGAAGAAUAAACCUGUCGAGGGGGAUUUGGCUGUUCUUACUGAAGGUCAGAUAAUCUACCUUGACGAGAGUCCCCCGAAGCUGAGAGCUCUGCUGCUCAGGGGAGGUCAUCUGGUAUUUGAUGAUAACCAGGAUCUCAUACUGAAAUCUGAUUACAUCCUUAUCUUGGGUGGAGGUUCUAUCACGAUUGGAACUGAAGACUCUCCGUUCCAACACGAAGCAAUUAUAGAGAUGCAUGGCAACCAGCAAUCUACUGAACUGCCAAUGUACGGAGCCAAAACUCUUGCCGUCAGAAACGGAACGGUUGAGAUGCACGGUAAAGAGGUGAGCCCUAAGUGGACAGAACUAGGAGAGACCGCUGAAGCUGGUACCACCUCUAUCAUUAUCAACACUGAGACCAACUGGAAGGUCAGUGACCAGAUAGCUCUCUCCUCCUCAAGCUUCGCACCAGAAGAGAACGAAGAGUUUAUCAUCACCACCAUCACCUACGACAAAGCAGCCGGGAAGACCACCCUGGGACUGAACCAGGCUCUUAAGUUCAAACACAUUUCUCUUGAACAGACAAUAAACGGGGUGAAGAUUAAGACUGCUGCCAAGAUUGGUCACCUGACUAGAAAUGUUAAAAUGCGGGGAAAUGUUAACGAAGAUCACUUGGAGAUGGUAGACGCCUGUCCCCAGACAUUUGAUCCUGAUCAAUUUGCAACCCAGACUUGCUUCCAAGGCAGAUACGGAGCUAUGAUGGACAGUGACCAGUUCGGAUCCCAGAUCAUGUUCCACGCGGCUGCCAUGGAAACACGGGAAGUGCACGGCAGGCUAGAGAACGCAGAGUUCUCCUGGGCUGGGCAAGCGUUCAGACUGGGGCGGUACCCCAUACAUUUCCACAUGAACGGGGAUGUGAGCGGCAGUUAUGUCAAAGGAUGUGCAGUCCAUCACACAUUUAACCGUGCCGUGACAGUUCACGGAGUCAACAAUCUCCUCGUGAAAGACAACGUUGCCUUCAAUAACAUGGGGCACGCCUUCUUCUUGGAGGACGGUGUUGAGGAGGACAAUGUGUUCGAUGGAAACCUGGCGAUAUUCACUCAGUCCAGCUCCUCGUUAUUAAAUGUUGAUGUUACUCCCGCCUCGUUCUGGAUCGUCAACCCCAGGAACACGUUUAUCAACAACGUGGCAGCUGGUUCCACCCACUUUGGGUUCUGGUUCAACAUGCCAGCUCACCCUGCCGGACCCUCUGCUACCAACACGGUGUGUCCCAGGAAUAUGGGGAUGAAGGAAUUCAGAGGCAAUGAGGCUCACUCUUGUGGCAGAUACGGUAUUUGGGUCUGGGAGUUCUGGAACCCCCGUGGUGACGGAAGCUGUGAGGCAACCACCCCUAAUAUGACAACUCUGCAUGAUUUCCACGGCUGGCAUAAUCUUCGAGGAGUAGAGAUCGAAACUGGUAGUGGUAUCGCUAUGGAUAACUUCCUCCUCCACGACAACUGGUUCAGUCAGAUGGAAGUACACAAGUGUAUUGACGCUACUUUUGAAGAGGGCAACACUCGGAUGACGAACUCGCAAAUCAUCUCCAAAACACAGUCCAGCGACGGACUUAAGAUGCUCUACAUGAACGCAGAGUUCGAGUGUGGUAGUGGGGUGGUGUUACCUGGUAAAGGUAUGAUGUCCGUACACGACUCCACUAUGCACGAGUUUACAAAGUGCCCGGUAUGGGAGGCUUGCGGAGGUUGCAAACCCAGACAAGGAGGGUUCCCAAGUGAGUUUAAAGGAAUCAGCUACAUAAACAGUCCUGUAAAAGGGAAGUUCAAGUGGGAAUUUGAGAUUAUGAUGAGAGAUCUGGACGGGUCUCUGAGCGAAACUGGUAAAAAGAACAGCAUUGUCACUCCUAAUAUGGACAUUUUGGAUAAGUCCUCCUGCGCUAAGACAGAUUCCUGGUCCCAUGGUUCCGUUGAGGGGGCCGUCUGUGACGACAAGACGAGCCUAGUCCGUCUAGCGUGGAACCAGCCAAGCAUUUCUGAGCUCCUCUUUAAGUCGGUGUUCCUAACCAACACUCACGGAAGCGUGUCAGUGCCUUGGUUUUUCAAGAGGCUGACUCACAAGCAAGGAUGGAUGGCCACUGUUCCUACUGCAAAUUCGUACACAAUGAAGUGGGAUACGGAUCUAAAGUUCACAAAUGCGUCCUUCAAGAUGACAGCGUACUACCCAAAGGAUGGUGACUACAUUGUCUUGGAACAGUCUCUUAAUGAUAAACCGGACUACAUCACGGUAGGAGGAAGCUCCAACAAGAAACUAGAAGCAAUAGACGGAGCAGUAGAUGACCCGGGCACUUUUACAUUUGACGACGAGACCAAGAAGCUGUCCCAUCUGAUUACUGGCAAGGGUGUCGACACGACACAGGACCUUAAGAUGGACCUGAAAGUGUACAAGUGUUUCUAUGAGAACUGUACUGAUCCUCAUCCUAAACCUCUGCCGACCAAUCCAACUGUUCUUCAGAGACCUGAAACGCCAAAGCGAUGGUCCGUGUCGUCUGACUGGAUGGGGACAGAGGAAGGACUUGGAGGAUUUAACGGUAUCCUCCCUAAAGUAGGUGAUAAUGUUAUCAUUCCCUCUAGCUGGUGGAUGGUCUAUGAUGCCUCCAUGGAGGGCCUGGGUGAUAUCAUGGUGUACGGAGUGUUGGAGUUCUCUAACGAGGUGGACACUGUCCUAGGAGCUAACAGGAUAGUUGUAGUUGGCGGCAAGUUGGUUGUGGGUUGGGGUGACGACCCCCUCAAAGUCAAGGCUCAUAUCAAGUUGACUGGUAGUAGAGACGACAAGGAGUACACACUGAAUGAUGGUACCACUGUCGGCUCUAAGGCUCUAGGAAUAGUAGGUUUCACAGAGAUGCACGCUGUUGUGCCUGAUGUUCUCUCCACUACACUCACAGUUAAAGCACCAGUGGGUGCCACCACCAUCACUGUUAAGGACAAUGUUAUGGACAAAUGGAAGAUUGGAGACGAGAUCGCGAUCGCUUCCACCUCAUUUAUACCUGAGCAAGCUGAAAAGAGGACGAUAACUAAAGUGGAGGGUCAUAUGCUGACUCUGGAUACAGCACUGGAGUUUGAACACGACUACAUGCUCGAAACUAUCCACGAGCACGUGUACGAACGUACUGCGGAGGUGGGACUUCUCACAAGACUCAUAACCAUCGAGGGAGUUAUGGACCCUGCGGACACGUCACUGUACGGGGGCAGAGUGCUUGUCUCUGACUACAGCCAAGUUAACGAGGCUGGAGAACGUGAAGAAUUCAUCCCUGUCGCUCAGAUCAUGGGUGUUCAGUUCAAGAACUGUGGACAGCGUGGAUACCGAGACUACUGGGAUCCCAGAUACGCUCUGGCGAUACAGAACACCAAGCCGAGCGAGGACAGCUACGUGAAGUCGUGUUCAAUUGACGUGUCACAUAAUCACGCUAUCGGUAUCCUGGGGUCUCACAAUGUGGAGGUGUCGGGUAAUGUGAUCUACCAUUCUCGCGGCUCCGGCAUCCUUACCAACUCAGAAAAUACCAAGAUUGUUGGUAACACUGUAAUCUACAUGAGGAGCUAUGGAAACUGGGAGACUCCAGUUGAGAAACGAUAACUACAAGAUGGACGCUUGUUUCGAGACUUACGAAACUAAUACUGCUUCUCUCAAGGACAACAGGUGCGGUGGAAGUGAGAGAGCCGGGUUCUCAACUCAGGGAGAGAAAGGGGAUGGUAACUUCUGGGAGAACAACGUCGCU